AUGAAGUCCGUGGUUUUCUCAAUCUUGUUGGCUUUGGCCAUUUUCUCGGCUUCCUGUUUGCAGCCAGCUGAAAUGAGACCGCUCAAGGAAGAGGAGGGUGGUAGUAGUGCGAAUCAUCUACUCCUUCUCCACUCCCUGCAGAAGGGUCCGGUUCAAGGGUCGGGUCCCAAUCCAUGCACCAACAUCCCCGGCCGGAACCCGGGAACCUGCACACGUGCUGUGAGCGCUAUGAACGUCGCCGGCGAUGUAUCAGCCCGCCGGCCCCCACGACGGUCUCUUGCAGUUUCACAUCACGACGUCUCUGAAGAUCAGACUGGUCGUCGGCAACGUUCUCGGAGUUCUUCUUGA